AUGGAGUCGACCCAGUCGGAGGACGUCAACGUCCAGAUCGUUCAUUCGGGACCCACAUACUGCAUCCACGCGCCCAAGAAUGCAGGUGUAGACCGACUGUUCACGGGCGGUGACGACUUCCUCGUCCGCAUCCUGCCAACACUGCCGCUUCCUGGCGUCGAGCCACACCUCAUCGAAGACGCCACCGAACCCAUCACCUCUCUCGAUGCCGACGAUCGCUUCCUCAUCGCUGCAUCCGAGGACGGCUCGGUUCGUCUGUACCGACACCACCCCGUGGACGCCGAAGGCAACUCGACCUCUCCCACCGUGCUUCAAUCUUUGCUGCGUCGCGAGACCCUGCCGCUCCGAUGCGUCGCUCUGGAACGUCACGUUAAGAGCGGCAAGUCACCGCGCGUUGCCGUGUGCUCGGACGAGCUCAUCAUCAAGAUCAUCGACGUCGAGGACCCCAGACGCAUCCAGCUGCUCGACGGCCAUAAUCGCGGCCUCCGAUCCGCAUCUUGGAGUCCCGCUGCAUCGCUGCUGGUAACCUGCUGCACCGAUGGCGUCGCAAGGGUCAACGAUCUCAGCGACGCCGAGCCCAAGCUCGUCAAGUCGAUCGAGGGCAUUCUGCCCAGCACCCGGGCCGAAAGCGACGAGGCCGCGUGUGCCUGCUGGCAUCCCUCGGGCAACUACUUUGUCCUUCCCUCCAAGACUCACGAGCUCGUCGUGAUCAGUGCUCACAGCGGCUCUUCUGCUUGGUCGCGCAUCGGCAACUUUGUCGCCAGCUCCAGCGGACCCGUUCCUCUUCCAAGUGGCAGCAUCACCGCUCUUGCUUUCUCUCCCAACGGCCGUUACCUCGCCUCUGCCACGAACAACGGACAGGUGACCAUCUGGGAUUCGGACUCUCGCCAAGCUAUCCGAUCGAAGCGCGCCGACGCCCUCGUCAACGCCAUCAGCUGGCACCCGUCCAAGGACGCUCUCGCCUGGACAGACAAUGAGGGCACCCUCGCUCGAUGGUCCAAUGUCAUCGGCAGCACCCGUCCGAGUCCUGUUGAAGAGAUCACGUUCGACAGGUCCAAGAUCUACCGAGGCGCCCGCGGCCAGAUCGACGACAUCUUUGCCGGCACCGGCCUUUCGGAUGAUGAAGAUGACGACAUGGCACAAGGAUCGCAGCAUGGCGGUGACGAUGCAGAUGAUCUCGAUGACUUUGUCGUUGACGAUGAGUCGCGCUCGCGAAGGAACGGUCAGGGCUCCUCUCGCUCCCGUUCCUAUCUUCGCGGAGGCCACGCCGGCGCCGCGGCCGGGCCCGGUGGCAUGAUGAUCGCUGCGACCCGUCCUCAACCAAGCUUUCAGCCGACGUCGACGCCGAUGCGCGGCCAGCGCCGCUACCUCGCGUACAACCUGCUCGGCUCGGUCGUGGCCGUCGAGCAAGAGUCGCACCAGACAAUCUCGUUCGAGUCAUUCGACACGUCGGCUCGACGCAACCUCCGCUUCUCGGACAUGAACAGCAUCAGCAUGGCGUCGCUCGCCAAACAGGGCAUCCUGUUUGCCGCCAAGCAGACCGACGAACAAUCCAGCAGCCUCUUCUUCAAGCCGUUCGCAGGAAGCAACCUCACCUCCGAAUGGACGUUCAACCUGGACCGCGACGAGGACGUCGAGGCCAUCGCUCUGGGAGGUAGCGCUCUGCGCACCGUCACUGAAGAUGGAUGGGAGGACGAGGAUGCCGGCCGAUCGGGUACAGGCAUGGCGGUCGUCGCCACGUCCAAAGGCUACCUGCGCUUCCUCUCGGCAAGCGGAAUGCAACUCUACCUGUGGGCGAUCGGCCAUCCCGUCGUCACGCUGGCUGUCGGUGCAAGGACAGCUCUGGUCAUCUACCGCAGAACCGGUCUGCCAUCGGGCGGCUACCAGGAUCUCGGAUACAAGGUGAUUGAUCUGGCGAACUUUGACGUGAUUCAGGAUGACGUGCUCUCGCUCGCCAAGGACAGCCACAUCGUUUGGGCUGGCUUCAACGACCACCACCAGCCCGCAUUCUUCGACACGAAUGGCGUCCUCUUCGUCCUCGACCGAGCGCAUCGAUGCCGACAGGGCCGUUGGGUGCCGCUCCUCAACACCAAGAACAUUCGGGACAGUACCACGUCCGAUGCAAGCGAUGCGGCUAUGCGUGCCGCAAGGACCCUGGGAUACUGGCCGGUCGCGCUCACCUCGACCAAGCUUAUGGUGCUGCUUCUCAAGGGCGGACGCACACACCCUGAGGUGGACGGUACUCGACACAUGAUCCAGGAGCUCGAGCUGCAGGUGCCGCUCAUCCAGCGUGAAGGUGGCACGGGCCCUCUGGAGGAGAAGAGCCUGCGCGAGGGCAUGCUUGCCAUGACCGCUCGCGACGUCAAGAACGCGGGCAUCGAAGCGGGCGAGGACGAGCCCGAGCUCGAAGCAGGUGCGCUCGAGAUGAGCUCGGACAAAGCGCUGUUGCAGCUGAUCCAGCUGGCGUGCAAGGCCGACAAGCACGGACGGGCGUUGGAUGCUGCGCGCGCACUGCAUUCGACGAGGACACUCGAAGCGGCGCUCAAGAUCGCAGCUUUCUUCCACCUGUCCAGCCUGGCAGAGCGCAUGGUGGCGCUCAAGGAGGGCCUCGAGGGCCGUCCGGAGCGGGUCGAGGAAGAGAGUCGACGCUGGUGCGACCCAUCGGUGCGCGGCGGUCCGAGCUACACAAACCCGGCCCUGGUCGACAUCAUGACCCGCGCCAGCGAUCGGCGUCGGGACGACGUGAGUGCUGCUUCGAUCCGCAAGCGUGCAUCGGCUGCUUUGGGCGAAGAGUUCCAGCCCACCCCUUCGCGGGCGGCGUCGGGCGUGCUGCGCGCUCCCACCUCUGUUCCGAGCCGCUUUGAUCUUGCCCCUUCGGUACCUUCUUCGUCGUCGACGUACUCGGUGCUGGACCGGUCGCCAUCCGUGGCUCGCGCGACACCGAGCAUGGGUGAAGAUUCGAUGAGCCUUGCGCUCGACGACCACGACAGCCCCGGUCUGGGCAAGGAGAACCUGUACCAGCGCAGCUCCGAGAAGCGCAAGUCACCCGCCGACGAGUCGAUGGACGCACCGCGCGGGCUGGCCAUGCCCAAGGCGGCCAAGUCGCUCAACCCGUUUGCGCGCACAUCGUCCAACGUGGCCAACGUGGCCAAGGACAAGCAGAUGCACAAGUCGACGUCGUUCUUCGAGCGGAUCGAGCCGUACGAGAAGGAGGCGCUCAACAAGAACGUUCCGUCCAAGCAGGCGUUGCUGACGGGUUUCGUCCGCAAGGAUCAGACCGCUUCGGUUGCAGACGCUGCAGCAGCGCGUUCGGCUGCGUUUGGAGAGACGCAGUAUCCCGACGACGACAUGGCGGGAGAGCAGGGCGACAGGGAUGAGUCGCUCCAGUUCACGCUCGAACGUGCUGCUCGAGCCAGUGGAGCAGCUCGUGCGGCUGAUCCGAUCAACGGCGACCGCCUGCCCGAAACCUUGAUGCACGACACCGACACCUUCGACUCGCUCCAGACUGAGGAGUCGGCGCUUCCGAGCUCGCGCAUUCCCGUGUGA